CACAUGGGGCUGGUGGUGACCGAGGAGGAGCCGAGCUACGCGGACAUGGCCAGCCUGGUGGUGUGGUGCAUGGCGGUGGGCAUCUCCUACGUCAGCGUCUACGACCAUAACGGUAUUUUCAAGAGGAAUAAUUCAAGAUUGAUGGAUGAAAUUUUAAAACAGCAGCAGGAACUCUUAGGACUAGAUUGUUCUAAGUACACCAUGGAAUUUGCAAAUCAAGACAAAGCUGAUCAAGUUUUAAAUUGCCAAUCUACAUUGAAGGUGCUGUCUCCAGAAGAUGGAAAAGCAGACAUAGUAAAAGCUGCUCAGAACUUCUGUCAGUUGGUAGCACAGCGGCAAAGAACAUACACAGACCUGGACGUGAAUGUGUUAGACAACUUAUUAAGUAGUACAAAUGGAUUUCCCGAUCCUGAUUUAGUCUUGAAGUUUGGUCCUGUGGACAGUACAUUAGGAUUCCUUCCGUGGCACAUCAGACUGACAGAGAUCAUUUCUUUGCCUUCCCAUCUGAACGUCAGCUAUGAAGACUUUUUCUCUGCCCUCCAUCACUAUGCAGCCUGUGAGCAACGCUGGGGAAAGUGACUUCUGGCUGAGCACAUGGAGUCAGGCUUCCUGUGGGAAGGAAUUGAUGUCUGUUUACAAGCACCUGUGAUCCAUAAGUCUGGUUCAUAGCCCUUUCUUAAUUUAUCAACAAAUUCAAUAAAGUGUCUUACCUUUCUAGAGA